GUUAAUGACAUAACACCUCUAACCCCAAAAUUAUAAAAUUGUCGUAGUUUGAAUUCACUCGACAAUGGCAAGCUUAUUAGCUGUGAAAAAAACUUUUCUGCGACAAAUGGUACCCGCAAUUAAUAAGCGUCUUGUUUCGACUUCGAAAAAACACAAUGACACGAUCACCACUCAAGCGGUUUCUGCUUCUAAAGAGCAAGCAAAGGAGCCCCAGAAUUGGAUUUCUUACGGGUUUGAUUACAAGUCUAAAUCCGAGGAUAGACAUGCCAUGCAUUCUACUAUCUUCAGUGCAGUUACAUUAUGUUUAGUUGUAGGAGGUUUUAUUUGGGCCUACAUACCUGAUUACAAUCUAAGAAGUUGGGCAACGCGCGAAGCUUUUCUUGAACUUAGAAGGAGGGAAAAUGCAGGUCUGCCUUUAAUUGAUCCUAACUUAGUUGACCCUGCCAAGGUGGAACUUCCCUCAGAUGAAGAACUUGGUGGUACUGAUAUUAUAAUAUAAAAGCUGUGUCAGAUUUGUAAAUAUGUAUUUGUGUAUGUAUAAUAAAUAAGCGAUUCACAACUAUUUCAAUAAUUAUUAAAAGAUUUAUCAAAUGUAUUGUUGUAAUUUCUUGUAUUGGGAAUGUGUGAUUGUGGUGAAACCAAAUUUAUUUUAAACAAUACACUUAUUUGUAACUGUGUGAGUCAAUUCAUAAAAUGUUUUAUUAGUGCAGGCAAAAUAUGUGUUUGUGUUUUUCAUAUGUUUGAUGAUCUAGAUAAAAAAUAAAAACAAAGAAGCUG